UGUCUUUUUAGCUUGUAAGCCUGAGGGCAGGGAACCGUCCAAUUAAAAAGAUUGUAUGUACAGCGCUGUGUAAAUUUACAGCGCUUUAUAAGUAAAGGUUAAUAAUAAUAAUAAUAAUAACCUCUUCAACUACUGAAGAUCCAGAACACUUUUAGUCACAUACUGAUGACAGUUCUUGUAUCUACAAUCCCUUAUUAUCAUUCUGACUGUAUUAAUGUAUCAUACAUAUUUAUUUGCACUCCAUGUUCACUUGAUUAUGCAUCAUAAUGCCUUCUAAUGAACUAAAGAAACAGGACUCAGUAUGCAAAAACAUGAGAUGACUAUGUCCAUAUGUGCUGUUUACAACCAUUCAUGGAGAUUGGGGAGGGGGGAGAGGAAAUAUUUAUUAAUGAAUGGAGCUAUCUCAGUAUUUGUCAUUAUCAGUUCCCCAUUCAACUUAAAAUAGCUCCUCCUUCUCUUCAUUAGUGCUCCUGCUAUGUUUUAAUAGAUGGCAUUUGUGAUAGGGGCAUCUGAUCCAGUGCUUGAGUUAAAUAUAGCCCUGUCUAGUGUAAGGAGAAGAUUUAAUGGGAAAUGGUUGGCAUUCUUUCUUUCUAAAGCUCAGAGACAGAAGAGAGAGACAUACACACAUAAACAUACCCAACCAGAGAGAGUGAAAGGGAGCAAGCAAAGCACACAAGCAGCACAGACAGUGGACAAGAGAUCUGCACCCAACACACACUGGAUUUGUACAGCUUCCCAGCCAGCAUGGUCAUCCUCAGCCGCAUUGCCUUGGGAUUUUAUCUCCAGCUCCUUUUCUGCUUUGCUCUAUCUCAGACUUCUUUUGUUGACAGUGUCUUCUCAAUUCCUGCAGCCCUACCAUGCCUGGACCAGAAGAAAAGAAUUAAUAACCACAGAGCAUGUUCUCUUCUUGCCCUUCCGCCUCCUCCUCCCCCACCUCCCCCUCCGCCAUUAUUUCCUCCACCAUACUUCAAGCAGGGAUGGAAUUCUAUGUUGUUAUCACUGGAUUUGAAACAUUUAUGUCAAGAGCUUCAGAUAACACAGUCUCCAUGUAUAGAAUCCAUGUGUCCUCCAGGACCUCCUGGUCCCCAGGGCCCUCGAGGUAUUCCUGGUGCAAAGGGACCAAAAGGUACAAAAGGUGAGAUUGGCAGACCAGGACGAAAGGGCAGCCCGGGUCCUCCAGGUGUCCCUGGAAUGCCUGGACCUAUUGGAUGGCCUGGCUCAAUGGGACCUAGGGGUGAAAAGGGUGAUUUAGGUUUGAUGGGAUUGCCAGGUACAAGAGGACCAAUGGGCUCUAAGGGUUACCCAGGAAGCAGAGGAGAAAAGGGAGCUCAAGGAGAGAAAGGUUCCAAAGGCAGUAAAGGUGACAAGGGAUAUAUAGGUUUCCCUGGAAUGCUGGGGCAGAAGGGAGAAAUGGGUCCAAAGGGAGAACCUGGUGCUCCAGGGCACAGAGGACCGACUGGAAGACCAGGAAAACGAGGCAAACAAGGUCAAAAGGGAGAUAUAGGACCUCCUGGAAUUACAGGCCCACCUGGUCAGCCCGGACCACCUGGUCAGACUGGACCACCAGGUCCAUUGGUAUCAGGGCAACUAACAAUGGGGCCAAAAGGGGAAAGAGGGCUUCCCGGACCUCCAGGGAAAUGUCUCUGCAACCCUCAGCCAAAUGUGAAUAUCCCACCUUAUGAGGAACCACUGUUUGGACAGGCCUUUUCAAAAGUUCCUGCAAUUUUUGUAGUGAAUAAUCGAGAAGAACUGGACCGGCUAAACACAGAAAAUGCCCUAGCAUUUCGAAGAGAUCAAAGAUCUUUGUAUUUCAAAGAUACUGUUGGAUGGCUUCCAAUCCAGCUUACCCCUUUCUAUUCUGUGGACUACCCACUGGAAGAUAGCAGCACCUGUGGAGAUGGGAUUGUCCAAGACGGGGAAGAGUGUGAUGAUGGCAAUACCAUUGUGACUGAUGCCUGUAUACGAUGCCGCCAUGCAUAUUGUGGAGAUGGCUACCGACAGGAAGGUGUUGAAGAUUGUGAUGGGCAAGAUUUUGGAUAUUUAACAUGUAAAACAUAUCUCCCUGGGUCUUAUGGAAAAUUACGCUGUACUUCUUAUUGUUAUAUUGAGUCUACAGAAUGUCGAUAUUUUACAUGAAAGCUGUGUGGCAGUAGGUGAGUAUCCUUCAUAUGACAUGGACAGUGCUGAUAUUAUAUUAUCAUCAAACCAAGCCAGGACAAUAGAUGAACCUAUAUCUGAGAUGAAACCAUCAGUGUCAUCUGAUCAUUUUUAGUCAAUUCACACACAGGAAGAAAAUAAGACUGCUGCAACCUAUCUUAAUAGAAAAAUGUCAAACAACAUUCAAAGUUGAGACGUACCUUUUCCGUGGCUGCUUACAGGACUUUCCUUGUGCAACAAGAACAAAACCAAACUACUGGAGCACUAUUUUACUUUGAUACUGUUACUUCAAUUGAACACAACAAUACCUCAGCUUAGCACUGUUAGUCCUACAAACAAGUUCUUCAAGGUUGGUGGGGUUUGUUUUUUUUUAAAAGAAAGACUUUCUGGUAUAAACACAAAGCAUAUUUUGGUUGCAGUGUUUAUAAGGACUAUUUAAAAUGUUUUUUUUUACUACAAUGUGAACUUUGUACGUGCUAUAGUUGCAUGAAAUGUGCAUUUAAAUUAAUGAGAAGUCUUCAGUUUGUGUAUAUUGACUUGACAAACAAGUUUAGGCUGCAAUCUGAAACAUCCUAACAUGGGAGUAAAUACCAUUGAACUCACUUGUGAGUGGAUGUGUCAAGGAGGUUAACCAGAUGAAGGAACUGGUCAGCUUUACUUGGAAACAGAAUUUAUAUAAAAGAGCUGUAAAUAGAUUGAUGUAUAUUUAUAUUAAGAGUGACUUACACAGGAUCAUUCAGAGGGGAUUUGACAGGGGGGUAGCUAUGUUGCAACGAAAAAUGUUAAAGCUUCUGGUGCCAUGUGAAAAAUUAGCAUGUUUUAUUUGGCAUGAGUUUUUGUGGACUCCAUCCCACUUCAUCAGAUGCAUUUAUUUGCAUGUUACCAAAGCCAACAGAAUGGGUCAACAAACUCAAAAUACCUGGAAAGGUUAUCUGCCUAUCUUAGCAAAGGAUUGACAGCACCUUGAGAUGACUGAUCACUCAGAGGAAAGUCCAGAUGGUUUGGGUAAAACUGUAACCAAACUCUUCAGUUCUUCAUGGAGAUGACCACUCAGGACAACUGACUCAUGUGGAACACAUUCUUGUUGCCUAUGCAUCAUAUUCCUGACAAGGGAUAAUAAUAUACAUAUCCUGUGCUAAUAUGCCUGAAACUUGCAUUCUUAUACAACAGCAUAGAAGGGUUGCAUUUUAAAAUGGUUAGAAUUGCAUUAAAGACUAUUGUUGAAAAAAUGGCUGUUAACAACUUUUAUUUUAGCUUUUAUGUUAGGCUUUUUUUCAAGUACCUGACAGUCACACUGUUACCAAUUUUCUGUUUAGCAAAUUCUUUCCAGUCUCAUCUUUCUACAACAUUUAAUAUUAAUGUAUACAUAUCCCUAGUUGUCUAUCCUGAAGAGAUCAACCCAUAGGGUGUUAUUCAGAGUAAAUGUUGCACAGAUUUAAUAUGUUCUUCUCUGGAAUUGUCAAACAGUUGUUUUAUUUUAAAGAACAUUUGGAACAAUUAUUUUACUUCUUUUCCAGCAGAUACUGAAGCUCAGAAUUAAUAUUGGAGAUAUGCUGAGUAAGUUACAAAUGGGAGUUAUCUCAUAUUUAGAGAUAACUAAAUCUUUAUUUCUGAGUAAAGUCUUUAUAUGGUGAGAUUAAAAAAAAUCAAGCUUGAGAUAUUUAAAAAUGGAAAAUAUUACUUUUCUGUCAUUAAUGAUGUAAAUUGUGUGUUUGAAAUGCAUUCAUACAUUACUAAAAACUAUCUUCUGUUACUUCCACAAAAGGUAAAUAAGGAUACCAUCACACAAUUAUA